ACGAGUUAAGCGGGCCCAAUUUGCUGUGUUAUCAGUGCUUUAUAAAGAGGAAAAGUGCGCAGAAAGUGAAUUUUCACUGUUCAUCUGUGAAGAAUCGAGCGUGCGAACUGAUCAUCUGAAGAUCACACUCGAUCAUGUGUGGAUUGAAGACGUAUUUUUCGGUGUACUUGUGACGUGGUUCGCGCGCAAAACAAUGAGAAAAACCAGGCAUAAUUUCAAUGUCACGUGAAAUGAGAGAGAUAUAAUUGCCUUAAAAAGAGGCCAUCUGUGAAAUUGUCUCUCACACUUUGUAUUUUAUUCAGCCUAAAACCCUCAAGAAUGAUCCGAUUGAAGUGCUUCAAUCGCGACAGGAGUCGCAUUAAAUUAGUGGAUGACUCAACUGAGAAGAUCGUUAUAGAGAAUCCGGUUCAGGGACAUCAUCCAGUGUUCCAGCAUCAAUCCUCUGUCUCAUCCUGCGCCUCCAUUCAGACGGUGCUCGUGCAGAAUGGUCAGAUGGUGGAGAAGUGCGUCAGCUUGGCGCCGCCGGUGCAGCUUCAGCCCUCAGGAAGUCUCAGUUCUCUGACCAAUGGAAGUCUCCAGCAACCUCCUGUGACUGCCAAUGAGGAACCGCUGAAUGUGGCUGAUGUGGCGAAUCUUCUGCAUCCACAGUAUGCUGUCAUCACGGGUGGGAAAUCCAAGGAUGGCUGUCCGCUGAUCACCUUUCCUGACCACAACAACUUCCAGAGUUUGGCCGAUCAUGACUACCAGAAACUAAUCUUGUAUCUCACGUCAGUUCCAUCUCUUCAGGAGGCGGAUUUGGGCUUUCACCUGAUUGUGGAUCGUCGCAAGGAUCGCUGGACGUCUGUCAAGUCGGUGCUGCUGAAGAUCUCAGUGUACUUUCCGGGUGUCGUGCACGUGGUUUACGUGAUCAGACCGGCGGGAUUCUUCCAGAAAGCCAUAUCAGAAGUGAGUUCGAAGUUCUUCAAGGAUGAGUUCCGCUUCCGUUUGGUUGUGUGCUCGAGCUUGGAAGAGCUGCACGAUCACGUGUCGAAGACACAGCUGACCAGUGAUUUGGGAGGAGAUUUGACGUAUUCGCACCACGAGUGGAUUCAGCAGCGAAUCUGCCUGGAGAAGUUCUCCAGUCUCACCCACCAAGUGUCCUGCAAUCUGGACUCCUUCAUCAGAUCAAUUCACGACACUGAAUUCCCGAACUCUGUUGAGGCCACGCAGAAACUCCUUGACGAACAGGGUGCGGACUAUGAGCGUCUCAAGGAUGACAUUCUGGCGGCGGCGAAGCACGGAGAGGGACUGCUUGAGGAUCUCAAGACGAGAGACGAAGGUGGGAAGGAAUUCUCAGAAAGAACGGGUAUAAUUAGCUCAAUUGAACGUGCAGGGAGUUUUUAUCUAAAUGUACACCGUCUUGAUGACAGUCGCGAUUACCGCAGACUCCUGGUGCAACUCGAGGAGACUGAGAGGCGCUUCGAUGAGUUCUGGAACGCCCACCUAACGCGCCUCAAGCACUGCUUGGAGCUGCGGCGCUUCGAGCAGGACUUCAGGGAGUUGCAGAUAAACUUCGACGCUCAUUUGAAAACGGUGUCAGAGAUGACGGAGAUCGGCGAGACGGUCCAGCGGGCGGACACGCUCGUGAAGGAGAUCAGAGCAUUUCAGAAACUGUGCCAAAGUGACAUCGACCGAGCUGAGGAGGUCAUUGCGACAGGACAGCAACUGAUCAGCGCUCGCGGCGCGUGUCCUCGUGAGGUUGUGCAGCCAAAGUGUGACGAAUUGUCGCGAGUGUGCGAGAUUCUCGCUGAGCGCCUCUCGCGGCGCCUCGAGAUUCUCGCGAAGAAUCGCGAUCUCAUGGAGAGAGUCGAGAAGGCGAAUAAGUGGUGUGCCAAAGGUGUUGAAUUGCUGGCUUCGCAGCGAAUUGAGAAGUGCUCCUCAUCGGCUGAGAUUGCUGAACAGAGUCUGCAGGAAAUUGUGCAGUUUCUCGCCUCGGCAUCGGACUUCAAGCUGUCCAGUCCGCGGGAGUUUAAGAAUGUGUUUCAGGAGAGCACAACACCUGAAACGAAAGCCCUCGUGACACAGGUUCUGCAGAGAAUUGACGAUGUGUCUUUGAUGUGCGACAAGAGAGUGGCGAGUCUGAAGAAAUUGGCCCUGAAACCGCCUCGUCCUGUGCAGACGGUGACUCCUGAGCCCGCGGUGCCCCUGCAGCCGCCCGGAGGAGCGCCUCAUCCCUUCCGCACCAGGAAAUCCCCAAAGAUCGAUGGACUCGAAUCGCGGCCGCGGUCCAUGGAAGGUCCGCCGGACUCUGGCAUCUCCAUCAACGGCGACACCGGCUCCAGUCCAGACAGUGACAACUCUUCCCAGCAGUCUCAGAAUCAAUCGGACAUCGAGGCGCGUCGCCUGAAGCGCGGUCACGUCCUGGCCGAACUGCUGGAGACGGAGCGAAUCUACGUGGCGGAAAUGGGAUCAAUUCUGAAGGGCUAUCGGGACCAGAUGCUGUCGGAGGAAAUGGCGGCGCUAGUUCCACCUGGACUUCAGGGGAAGGAAGAUGUCCUCUUUGGAAACCUCCAUGAACUGUACACAUUUCACAGUGAGGUUUUUCUGAAGGAUCUCGAGAACUGCAUAUCAACCACGGAGCUUGUUGCGCUAUGUUUUGUUCAAAGACGUGACACAUUCUAUCGUUUGUAUUCGUACUAUUGCCAAAACAUUCCCCGCUCGGAGCAGCUCCGUGAGACUCUGGUGGACACCCACUUGUUCCUGCAGGAGUGUCAGAAGCGUUUGGGUCACAAACUCCCCCUGGCCGCGUACUUGCUCAAGCCCGUGCAGAGGAUUACAAAGUACCAACUUCUGCUGAAGGACUUGCUGCGCUUCAGCGACAACGGCACCUGCGCCAAGGAACUGCAGAAAGCUCUGGAUUGUAUGCUGAUUGUGCUUAAGUGUGUCAAUGAUUCGAUGCAUCAGAUCGCCAUUACGGGCUUCCCGGCGGACUUGUCUCAGCAAGGUGAAUUGCUGCUGCAGGACUCGUUCCAGGUGUGGACGGACAGCAAGAAGGAUCUGCGAUUGAGACUGAAGACACAACAGCGGCAUAUCUUUCUCUACCAGAAGGCGAUGCUCUUCUGCAAGCAGGCAUCGAAGACGGGGCACAACAAGAGCACGUAUCAGUACAAGCAUUACGUGAAGAUGUCUCAGAUCGGUUUGACGGAGUCAGUUCGAGGGGAUCCUCGUCGUUUCGAAGUGUGGCUUCAGGGAAGACAGGAAGUUCACACAAUCCAGGCGGCAACAGUUGACAUUAAGAACAAAUGGGUGGCAGAGAUCAAGAAGGUCCUUCUCAACCAACUGGAGGAGCUAAAAGGCGAGAAGAUCAAGCAAUACGGCCUCAAUCACAAGCAAUUGCGUCACACCACAUCCUGGGAUACUUCGGUGUCUGCUGGCUCCACGCCACAGCGAACUCUGAGUUGUGACUCUGGUGAGGCGAACAAGAACUCGAACAUCUCCGAGGAUCUGCCACUGCAGACGCCAGGCGUGAGCUCUUCCUCGUCGGAGCACGACAAUCAGGAGGCCGGAGCCUGGAGUUCGGACUACUCCAACAGCGAGGAUGAGUACACCAACCUCGAGGAUGGCGUGCAAGCGGGUAGUAAGUUUAUCUCACUUGCUGAUUACUGUGCAAUGGGCCACUCGGAAGUCUCCAUGCGAGAAGGUGACACAGUUGAACUGUUGAAAGUUGGUUGUGCCGGCUGGUGGUUUGUUAAAGUUUUAGGGGCCAACGUGGAAGGCUGGGCACCGGCCGCAUAUUUGGAAUCAAUUAAUCGGCGACCGGCGCGGAUCCGGAGUCAGGAUCGGCUGAAUGAACACUAAGCUAAGAGCCAAAGCAAUCUCUUUCGACUCCUAAAGCUCAUCCCUAAGACUAUAUUGAGAGGCAUUUUGUGAAAAUGCUUCAAAAGCUCUCGAUGUUCUCGCGCGCGCUCAUUUCUACUUCAACUCUGCAAUUGGAAUGUAAAAGGUCUUCUUUGGCAAAAUGUUGGUGGAUUUUCACAAGAAUGGGAUUUCACAAUCUGGAUUUCUUUAAGUUGAAUUCUAGUCCUCUUUUAAAACGUAUUUAGUUAAGACAUUUUCUAUCUCUAUUUUGGCUGAAUUUGAUCAUUGCGAAAAGAGAGAAAUUAAUCUUAGCGUAUAUUUAUCAUGAUUGUAUAUAACAUUGAGAAGAAUAACUUAAGAUUAUAUCGAGCUAUAUUGUUGAAAAAUGUUGUUGUAGAUUCGUCGCUGCGUUUAAGAAUAUGUUUAAGACAUUUUUGUGCUUGAUUUGCAAAGGGUGCAAAGAGUGAGAAUUUGUAAGCGGUGUUUUUGAAAAAAAAAAAGCUUUCUAACAAGUAAAUAUUUCUGAAUAUUUACCUUUUUUUAUAAAAGUAUUUCGACAAAUUCUCAUUUCAUGUGUGCCCUUUUUGAUCGUCACAAAUCUCCGAAAUCCCCAAUAAUAUAUUUAGCUUUUAAGGACAAUUUUUUGUAGUAAGUUUCUAUAGAGAAAGCUUAAAAAGAAAACAAUCUUUCAUACGCGCUGUAGCUUUUUAGAUAAAGGUGAAAAUUGUGAGAAAAAAAGUAUAAACAUGAGCAUUUCCUCCAUGUGAUUGAAAUUGUUAUUCUCUUUUCUAAAAUAAAAUUAAAAAUAAAGAAAACAUUGUUGACAUGCACAAUUCACUGUGAAAAGUCUUCACCAAAAUACCACUUAAAAAAAAUAUGUACCAUCAUGUUUCACUAUUUAUAAUGAGAUGCGAUGUGAAAAGUUUGAAGAAUAUAGCAUGAAAUUCCAUGAUAAAACAUACAAGGUCUUUUGAUGAUGUCUGAGGAAAAAGCGUCUGGCUGAAAUGUUCACGCUCAACUUCACGUGAACAUCAAUUUGCGAGGCGUAUAAAAAGCUUAUUAAUAGUUGAUGAGCUUCGAUGAUGACUUUUUAUUGGGCGAUGUUCGCAAUGUUUAAUACAAGGUUUAAUAAAUAA